CGAUGAGUGUUGGGAAUCCCCACUAAGAAAGCAUUAUAUAUAUGGAGAGAAUUAGCAUAAUAAUAUGUGGAAAAGAGAAAAACUGAAAAGGCAUAAUGGGUUCCCUCCCGCAGGCGCACGUAGUAGAGGACUGCAUGGGCAUCCUCCAACUCUAUAGCGACGGUUCCAUUCACCGUUCCAACCAAAUAGAAUUCAAAGUUUCAGCCACCAAAGACAACACCGUAACCUUCAAGGAAUACCUAUUCCACAAAAGAUUCAACCUUUCACUGCGCUUCUACAAGCCCCAAAACCAAACCCAAACCCAAACCCAAAAGCUCCCCCUCCUCAUCUUCCUCCACGGUGGAGGCUUCUGCUUCGGUUCGCGCACGUGGCCCCAUAUUCACAACUGUUGCAUGCGCCUCGCCUCGGGGCUCCGCGCCGCGGUCCUCUCGCCGGACUACCGCCUGGCGCCCGAGCAUCGCCUUCCCGCGGCGCUGGACGACGCCCUGGAGGCGGUCAGGUGGCUCCAGAGGCAGGGGCUGAGCCACGGUGGGGACGCCUGCUUCAGUGCCAACGUUGACUUUGACCGCGUCUUCAUCGUGGGUGACUCCUCUGGCGGGAACAUUGCGCACCACCUCGCGGUCCGCUUCGGUUCCGGUUCGAUUCAGAUGGACCCGGUUCGUGUACGAGGUUACGUGCUGUUCGCGCCGUUUUUCGGCGGGGAGGUUCGGACCAAGUCAGAGGAAGGUCCACCAGAGCACAUGUUGAACCUUGAGUUAUUGGACAAAUUUUGGAGGCUGUCAAUGCCUGUUGGAGAGAGCAGAGACCACCCAUUGGUGAAUCCAUUCGGACCUGGAAGCCCAAAUCUUGAAGAAGUGAAGCUUGAUCCUAUUUUGGUGAUAAUAGGUGGCAAUGAAUUACUUAAGGAUAGGGCAGAAGAUUAUGUUACAAGGUUGAAACAACUAGGCAAGGACAUUAAAUACGUUGAGUUUGAGGGAUGCGAGCAUGGGUUUUUCACUCAUGAUUCAUACUCUUCACAAGUUGCAGAAGAGGUCAUCCAAACCCUUAAACGGUUCAUGCUGGAAACUUCUAGUUAGAACACACCUCGAAAAUAAAUUAAAGAGUAGAAAGAUAUAUAUAUUAAUGUAAUUACCCUUUGUUAGUGUAUAUUUUUGGUCAAGUACAGUAGUUCGUGGGUGUCAAUUUGAUGUUAUGUGCGUCUAGUUUUUAAUUUGAGAUGCUAGCUAGUCAAGUACCCUUUAAUUUCUUAGGUAUUUGUAUGGGUAUUUAUCUAUAAAGUUUUAUGGAAAAAUGAAUGCAAGUAUGAGUAAUUUAUCACAUA